AUGAGCACUCCAGUGAAUUAUCUGAUCCCCCGCCAAAAGGACGAGCUGUAUGUCCUUGCUUGAUCGUUUUCCGCUCCCCCCCCCCCUUGAUCUUGCUUCCCCCUACGGAUAGCGAACCUAGAAGCUUGCUAACCGGCCGGCCAACCAACCAGCCACAAAGCGAUCUUAGCCUACUUUUCCGCUUCUGGACUAUCGAAUACGGGUGCGGCGCUGAGGGAGGAGCUCGGUGUCGGCGAUGAGUUUCUAGACCAAAAUACCAUGAAGAAGUAUGAAGGCGUGUUGGAGAAAAAAUGGACAGGCGUGCUUAGAUUACAGAAAAAGGUUUGUCCCAAUUAGCUUACUUUUGGCCUCGCAUCGGCAGUCUGCUCAUUUCUGACCGUUUAGAUAAUGGAACUUGAGAGCCGAUUGUCCUCCUUGCAAUCAGAAUUGGAUUCAGCAACCCCCACCUCGCUCACCCGUCGCAAUGUUGAUCCUUCAUCGUGGCUGCCUCGGGCUCCUGCCAGACAUGUCCUCACCAGUCAUCGAAGCUCCAUCAAUUCUGUCGCCUUCCACCCCAUUUUCUCGGUUCUCGCCUCAGGCUCCGAUGAUACGACCAUCAAGAUUUGGGAUUGGGAGCUCGGAGAGCUAGAGAGAACAGUCAAGGGCCAUACCAAGGCUGUUUUAGACCUUGAUUUUGGGGGGCCCAAGGCGGGAGUGUUGCUGGUGUCUUGUUCGAGCGAUCUCACGAUUAAGCUGUGGGAUCCAAAUAACGAGUAUAAGAAUAUCAGGACCCUUACGGGUCACGAUCACUCUGUUAGUGCGGUCAGGUUCAUUCCCAGUGCCGCUGGCGAAUAUCUGGUGUCGGCGAGUAGAGACAAGACGUUAAGAGUUUGGGAAGUUGCGACCGGGUACUGCGUCAAGACAAUAAGCGGUCAUUCCGACUGGAUCAGAGAUGUAGAACCUUCUCACGACGGGCGAUGGCUACUAUCAGCUGGAGGCGACCAGGUUAGAUGCGCGACAACCAUGAACGUAUUACAGGGUGAAACGUGCUGACGAGUAGUUGAUCAGACGACACGACUAUGGGAUGCCUCCACCGCCGAGCAUAAAGCCACAUUUAUAGGCCACGAACAUGUGGUAAAUUGCUGUGUGUUCGCGCCGCCUUCGGCCUAUCCGCACCUGGCGACAAUUGCCGGCCUUAAAAAGCCUCCCCCAGCAACAUCGUCUUCGGAAUUUAUAGCCACUGGAUCCCGUGAUAAGACGAUCAAACUGUGGGACGCGCGGGGCACGCUCCUCAAGACGUUGAUUGGACACGAUAACUGGAUCCGGGCUCUAGCUUUCCAUCCGGCUGGGAAGUACCUUCUCUCUGUCAGUGAUGACAAGACCAUCAGGUGCUGGGACCUGACGCAGGACGGCCGAUGCGUGAAGACGGUUGACGAAGCGCACUCCCACUUCGCAACCUGUCUCCGAUGGGCACCGGCGCCUGCCAAGGAGCAGACAAACGGGGAGGCAAAAACUAACGGAACUCCAAAGGCGGGAGAGAAGAUUAUCAAUGUCCGUUGCGUGAUAGCUACGGGGAGCGCAGACAUGAACGUUCGGGUGUUUGCCUCAUGA